UUGAUAAAAAAAAAUGAUGAGGAUUAAAAGGUGUGGGAGAAGAGUUGUGGAAUAGUUGCAAUUAAUGAUGGAAGCGAAAGUGAUGAUCUGUAACCAUUUCCGGCAUUCAGCGCUCUCUGUCUUAUCUUCUUCUUUCAGAAUUAAACCUUCUUCUUCUGUGUCUUGCUCUCUCAUGGAGGACCAGGAGACCCACAACCAUGGCCGCACCAAAUUCUUGGACUUUCCCUUCGUUUCAUCUUCCCACAAGAGCCUCAUGCUUGAUCUCGUUUCAACGCUUGAGAAUCGCUUCCACUCUCAGCUUCUUCCAUGCUCGCUCCCCUCUGAUGUUCAGUAUUAUCAAAGCCACAAUGGCACUGCCCAAGCUUCCCUGCAUAUCAGACCUGCCCAUCAUAACUCCCCUGUAGAUUUUGUAUUAGGAAGCUGGGUGCAUUCUGAGCUACCAACAGGAGGGUCCUUAGAUAUAACAAGUCUUUCAGCCUAUCUUAACAGCUCGACCGAUGCACCAAAUUUCGUGUUUGAAAUGAUCCGAAGUAGUCCAACCAUGCUAGUUCUCAUUCUUGAUUUGCCUCCCCGGAAAGACCUUGUGCUUUGGUCAGAUGAUCUCAAAACUUUUUAUGAGGACACUCAGCUGGACACACACAGGCAGGCCCUGGAGAGAGUCCCGGAGGUUCAACCGUACUUCUCUUCUUCCCUUUACAUACGCACUGUUGCCUCUCCUACAGCCAUAAUGGUUCGCAUUGGGACCGAAAAUGGCGGAGUAGAACGCAUGGAGGAGAUCAUCAAGGACCAUUUGGACCCCAUUUCAAAGCAAGUGUUGGGGAUAUGGUUGGAUCAUUGUGCUUGUGCCAAGAGAGAAGUGGGAGAGGCAGAAAGAGCUUAUCUGAGAAAAAGGGAUGGUCUCAUUAGAAACAAGACAAUCGAGAUUGAUCUUGGUUCAAGCUUUCCCAGGUUGUUUGGUCCAGAAGUAGCAAAUCGGGUACUGGAAGCUAUCAAGGAGUAUUUUACUGUCUGAGAUGCAAAUUUAUUUGGAAUAGCUGGAUCUACUAUGUGUGUUGCAUACAUGUACCUAAUUUGCUGUGUAGUCUAUGUAAACGAUUAUGAUUAAUGAUAGUUUCUCCCCCGUUAUUGUCUGUGCAUCA